CUUCAUUUCACUAUAAAUACAAAAAAAAAAAUUAAUUUCUUUUUUCAUUCUUUAUUCCUCGAUCCAAGAAAUUCAAAGGUAAAAAAUGACGGAUCAGAAGGUGGAGACUAAUGUGGAUGAGAAGAGAGAGAUUGAUUUGAACAAGGAGUUUGAUCCGAUUGAGAAAAUUGUUUUGUUGGAGCGCGAAAAUGAUUUGUUGUUGAAGAAAGUUGAAAUGUUAGAAGCGACUCGAAAAGUUGAAAUUGAAGAGAAGGAAACAGAAAUUAGGGCACUAAAGCAACAACUUGAGGAACAAGAGAAAAGGUGGAAAAAUAGGCAGGAUUUUUUUGCAUGGCGAAGUAUGAGUUGGCGAAAAGGUAGAACUAAAGAGUUGCUUGAUAGAAUAUCGGAAUUGGAGAACAAAUUGAAGUGUAUGGAGGACGCGAUUGCCAUGAAGGAGCAAGUUGGUGAAUCUUCCGCUGUGAAAGAAGAGAACUGAUGUAGUGCUCGUGUGUUUUAAAUUAUGUUAUUAUUACUAUGCAUUUUUUAUUGAACUAAAUUUAUUGAAUUGAUAUGUAAUUGCGUUUUUUAUUGAGCUUAAAUCAUUAUUGAUU